AUGUUUGAUGAAAUUCUGGACUUGUGGCACGGCUCCAGAUUGAUGCUGAUCCCCAUCAUCGGUCUGGUCAUCUUCAUCGUCUUGUUUGACGAGAAGAAGCCCGUUGAAGCCGAGAACGAGACUGUGGAGAAGUCUGCUGCAACUACGACUACGAACACCUCCUCCAGAGCUCUGGAUGAAAAGCCCCCCAUGGCUGUGGAUUUCACCACGUCUUCUUCGGUGGUUUCUUCCAAGCCCAAGCGAGUCCCCAAGACCUUUGGAAAGGGCCCCAAAAAGCUGUCUGUGUCCCUGUCUUCUCAGGUCUAUGUCUUUUACUCCACUCUGACUGGAUCCACAGAGCGAUAUGCUCAGCAGUUGUUUGAGUAUCUUUCUACCCAGACUAAAAAGGAGCCCAUUCUUCUGAACGUGGACUAUAUCGACGAUCUUGACGAGUACUUUGUCAGCUCCAAGGCUGGAUCUGUCUACUGUUUCAUUGUUCCUUCUUAUGAGACCGAGAGUCCUCUGGACUACUUCCUGGACGCCAUCAAGGAGACUUACAACGAUUUUCGAAUCGACAGUAGACCCCUCAGCAAGGUCUGUUUCUCUGUUUUUGGAGUUGGAGACAAGGAGAGCUGGCCCGAAAAGUUCUGUUACCAGGCCAAGGAGGUGGAUCGAGGUUUGGCCAAGCUGGGCGCUCGACGUCUCAACCCCCUGGGCAACGGAUGUGUCAAAACCGAUUUUGAGACCAACAUGGUGGAGUGGAGAGAGCAUUUUGUGGACGCCCUAGCCGAUGGAGUUGUUCCUGAGGCCGACGAUAUUUGUUCUGAUGACGAGGAAGAGGAGGAAGACUCCAAGGACGGUAUUGUUGAUGUUGAAGAUAUGGGCAAGAUUAUUGGCUCCAGCAAGCCCAAGCGAAAGUCGGCCAAGGAUAUCAUGGAGGCCGAUUCUUGUUCUGCCAAGGAAAUGGUUGCCAAGGACUCCCCCACCUACAAGGCUCUGACCAAGCAGGGCUACACCAUUGUCGGAUCCCAUUCCGGCGUCAAGAUCUGUCGAUGGACCAAGUCUGCUCUUCGAGGCCGAGGCUCCUGUUACAAGUUUGCCUUCUACGGUAUCAAAAGUCACCUGUGUAUGGAGACCACUCCUUCUCUGUCGUGUUCCAACAAGUGUGUCUUCUGCUGGAGACACGGAACUAACCCUGUUGGAACCACCUGGAGAUGGCAGGUUGAUCCUCCCAAGGAAAUCAUCGACGGGGCUCUUGCUGGCCACUACCAGAAGAUCAAGAUGCUUCGAGGAGUUCCUGGAGUCUCUGCUGAGCGGUUCGCCGAGGCUUUCCGAGUCAAGCAUUGUGCUCUAUCUCUGGUUGGCGAGCCCAUCUUCUACCCUCACAUUAACGAGUUUGUUGGCAUGUUGCAUGAGAAGCGAAUCUCGUCGUUCCUGGUCUGCAAUGCCCAGCACCCCAAAGAGCUGGCUGCCAUGAACCAGGUGACCCAGUUGUACGUGUCUAUCGACGCUGCCACCAAGGAGUCGCUCAAGGCCGUGGACCGACCUCUGAACCGAGACUUCUGGGAGCGUCUGCAGGAGUGUCUGUCGAUUCUGCGGGAAAAGCGAAACCAGCGAACCGUAUUCCGACUCACCCUGGUCAAGGGUUUUAACGCCGAGGAGGUUGAGAACUACGCCAAGAUGGUUGCCAAGGCCAUGCCCUGCUUCAUUGAGGUCAAGGGAAUGACCUACUGCGGAACUUCCAAGGGCAACCCUCUGACUAUGAAGAAUGUGCCUUACUACCACGAGGUCCUGGACUUUGUGGAGCAGCUCAACGAGGCUGUAGCCAACGAGGGUCUCGAGUAUGGCAUCGCUGCCGAGCAUGCCCACUCGUGCUGUGUUCUUAUUGCCCAGAAGCGGUUCUACAUUGACGGCGAGUGGCACACCCAUAUCAACUAUGACAAGUUCUUCGAUAUGCUGGAGGCCGGUCAAGAGUUUGGACCUGAGGACUACACCUCUGCCACUCCCCACUGGGCUCAGUACGGCGCUGAGGAGGCUGGUUUCAACCCUGCUGAUGUCAGACAUCGACGAGGUAAGGUGGUUGAGGUGUAA